AUGCACCUUUACACGCAGACACAACACCUAUACAAUAUCUCGGAGACAGUAGCAAUAAAAUCGCAUCAGCAGACAGAUGUCACAGCCGCGACAGCCGAGCCUCAUUAUCACACUCCAGCGACGACGCACGUACGCACUACGCGAACGAAUUUGCACAUAUAUACAGGUGAAUCGCCUCAAGACAGCGGGCUAAAAACGGCGGGCUUACGAAACAGCCAGCAUAGCCAGCGUGGCGGCCGCAUUAGCCGCAGCAACCGGGCUCAGAGGGCUAGCAGUGAUUACGAUCCUCACUCCGAGCGAUUGCCCGGCAAUAGCGACACCGGGGAUAGGCUAGCGGCCAAGGAGAAAGGCCGUAUCGUCGGCAUCCUGCAUAACGACUUCCCGCUUGAUGACUCCAUAAAGGCGGUAUUGCGACAGUAUUACGACAACGGCAUACGUCUGUGGCAAGUGUGA